AUCAAGACGGCGCGGAACCCUGCGGGAAUUCCGUGUCUGUUCACAAUCUGAUUAGACUCGCGGCCUACUUGGAUCGUGAAGAUUUGAAGGUAAAAGCCGGUCGUACUUUGAGUGCGUUCGCUGAUAAGCUUUCUGCCAUUCCCAUCGCCCUUCCCGAAAUGGCUUCCGCCUUGUUAUUCUAUUACGAAUCUCCAACCCAGGUGUUUAUCGCGGGCGAUGCUGAAGACAACAAUACACAAGCGUUACUGGACGUUUUACGUACCCGUUUUAUACCGGGUCGAAUCCUGGCUGUGGCCGACGGUCCAAGUGGGCGAGCUGGCAUCCUUUAUCGGCGCCACGAGUCCUUGAGCCGUUUGCAGCGGAUUCAGGGAAAACCGGCCGCGUACGUAUGUCGUAACUUCGCCUGCUCGCUGCCAGUAACCGAACCCCAAGAUCUGGCCAAUUCGCUUGAUGAUUACGCCCAACAGUUAAAAGAAAAAACGGCGCCCACGGUCAAGGAUAACACUCCUCCAGGACCGUCCACAGAUCCCGACAAGUGAAGGGUAGUGAACUGGGCGAUCAUAUACAUAUAUAUUCAUAGAAUUGUUGUUUUCGCGAGGACUGACUGUGAUGGUAUGUUAAUAUUAUGUUAUUAUUAUUAAUUAUAUUAAAUCUUUCUUGCAAUUA